AAACAAACACUUCUUCAACUAUCAUUUCAUUUUUACAAAUUGAAGUAGCGCAAAAUCCGUACUUUUGUAUUUUCCAUGCAAAAUCUACAAAUAAUUGUUUGCAAAACGAGGGUAUACUCUUGAUUUAUACGCUCACAAUAUCAGAAAGACAUCAAACACUGGCCCAAACUUGCAACCUCUUGUUUCGAUACGUUCUUUGUUAUGAAAUAUUUAAUCGGAUUUUGAUAGCGUAUGAUUUUGUUAUCAGAUUCAUGUUUCGAAACCAACGAAACAAUUGAGCUGAUAACGCUAUUGUUCGCUGAAAGACCCCCCUUUUCUUUUCUGAACAACAAAUUGUAGGAUAUCGAAUGUUUGGCAGAAACUAUAGCUUUUGCUGCUAUUACGCCUUUUGGCAGCACUUCGCCUGUCUUUAGAGUUGACACGUGCAAACACUUUCUUUCAAACGUUUUUUUGUGAUACUUGAUACCAAACCGCAUGCUUUUUAAUUGCAUAUACCCGGCUGGGGAUAAGCACACUGGCGCUGAGAAUACACGUGUAAAGUUACUCGUACUGAUUUCAGGAGAGGUAUCUCUUUAUUCUUGAAGGCCAAUUUAGAUAGAACACAGUUGGAUGCAAUAUUAUUGAAAGUGUCAAGUAGCAAAAAUGAUUGCAAAAAUUAAUAGUUUUGUAUCCUGGAGUUCAUUUGUCUAUUUGUCUAUUUGAAACAAGUAAUCAACUUGCCACCUGCAACCAAGCAUAUUACUGGCAUUGCUUCACCUUCCGAAAAAUCAGAUGUAGAUUUUAUUUAGCCUUUUUACUUUUCAAUCUAUUUCCAUUCAUUUAAAAUAUAUACUUUUCUGAUUCUUUUCUGAAAAGAUAUUGCCUUUCUUAAAGAAUUCAAAUAUUGUUUCUUAGUUCGACUCGAAGACAAUUUGGAUAAUCAAGAAGGAAAUGGUUACUGAUAAUCUAAAUCUUUUCCCAUGAAAAUUUUCUCAUUGAAUAUAACCCUUCUAUUCCCACUAAGUGUGUAACUUAACCUUGAAAAAUGUUCUUUAGAAACCCUUCCAAGUUUUAUUUCGAUUGAUACCUGGACAUAAAUAGCUUUUUCUGACUUUCCGAGUUUUAAACUCUGAUGAUUUCUGUCGCUAUAGAAAAAAGAGGCAAAAUAAGCCCCUUUUAAAUUUCAAUGAUUUCUUGCUGUUAGUAAGUUAGUAAGAGACUCGAAACUAAUGCUACAACAAGUUCAAGCCAUAAAAUGGUAUUUUAUAAGCACCCUUCUGCGUUUAAUCACAUUCAAAAUAUUAGGAAUCCGGAUCUCCAGCAUGUACGUAUCGUUAUCCUCUAAUUCCCUCGAGAAAACAUAGCAGCAUUUCAAGAUGCUGUUCUUUCUGCCGAACCCUUGUUGCAUCUCGUGGGUAGAUUAGCACCGUUACGACCACGCGUUUCUUUUGUAAUGUUAGGAACUUUGAAAUAAUUAGUGUAUAUCCUUAAUAAUCACAGCAACUUUUUUCCUGCUUUUCAAAUUAAGGUUGUCAUUGGAAAUCACUGUCUAUUGUUUAUAAAAUUGGGUAAAUUAAUUUGAUUCAUGAACUGGUGUUUUUACCGAAGGCUUGUUGUUGUGUUCAGUGAUCCGUUGUGAUACUGUCCCUCUGUCUUGAUCUCCUGAAUAGGCCAAGACAAUUGCGAGAUAUUGUUGUUAAUAAAUUAUAACCUUUGAUUAUCAACCGUGUUAUCAGGUCAUUUAUCACUACUGGUAUCUACUGGUAUUCUUUCUAAUUUUUAUUUAGUUUUGAAGAAAUUUUCACGCCAGACGGGUUUUUCAUGAUUAUGGCAUUCACAUCUUAUUAAUUUCAUUUGUUUAAUCUAAUACCAGCUUUCGGAUUUUAAUAAUAAUUGCCACUCUUUUUGCGAAUAUCUCUAGAAAAGUGUAAUAAUUAAGCCGAAAUGAAUUUUUUUCACUUUCAUCGCAACAUAUUCAUAUCAAAAGGCAACGAUUUAUUUUUUGAAAAUUUGGUUCAGUCAAAAAAUUAAAUAAAAGUUAGAAAAUUGAUGGAACCAUAACGUAAUAACGGAUCAAUGAAUUUUCAGGCCAGGUGUAACUCGGCUUGCAAAGGUGAAACUAUAUAUAUUGUGUCUAUCAUUUCACCACCAAUGAAUCAUAGAUAGACUUAAAAUUUGAUAUGAUGUCCUAAUUUUAAUAGACCAAUGUGGUCUACAGAUGAGUUUGAUAUUCUGCAUAAGAGAAUGUAAUACACAGGCUGCUACUUUUCAUAACCAACCUUUCUCGCUGUAAAAUCUCAACAUUUUUUAUCUUUAUUCUCAACUUAUUCUCUUUGCAAUUAUAUUCUGUAGUUGACAAAUUCUCGUGUAUCUUUGCGUGUACCAGCUGUAGGUUAUUUCUCAAUGACGGUAGCAAACCUGUCUUUCAAUGUUUUUAACGGCAGGCACACAGUUAAUUCUGAGGUUAAUUAGAGAAAGCCUGUUGAUAAGGAAAUACUUUUUCUUUUCUCAGUUUUCCUCUUUUAAUCCUAUUAGCCAUUUGCAAUUGUGCAUCAUCAUCUAUUUUGCCACAAAUUUAUCAUCAUAGGUGUCUGCAAUUUUCUUUUUUUGAAAGAGAGUUUUUUCGAGAAAGCGUAUAAAUAAUCUGAUUCGUUUGACCAAACUUUAUUUGCAACCUUAGGCUGUGCAAAUUUUUUAAUGUUUAUGACUCACGGAUUUUUUGUCACAAAGGUCUAUCUAAGUAACGUAAGGGAGGUUUAACAAAACUUAACAUAAUUUUAUGCAGUUUCAGGAUUUUUUCGAAAAUGUCCAUGUUCUACAUAUAUCAUCGAGUAAAAUUUCUUCUUUGCACUUGCAGACUUUGGUAUUCCAAAGCAGAAAGAAUGAUGUUAAAGAUAGUGCUCUAAUAGUUUUCUUUAUAUAGUGUUCUUUAUAAAAAAAGCUUCAUGUGACACUUUCGGACACCGGAAUUUUAAUCGGGUUGUUUCAUUCGACAUGAUUUUCUAAAAUGAUUUUGUCCAUUUUGCGGAAAUUUAUCCAAUGUUGUUGAAGAGUAAACUUUAUACCUCCUUAGCUACAAUCCCGGAAAAAAGUAGCUGAGACUUUUCAAGGAAACUUUAUGCUUUCUUUUUCCCCCUCCCCUGAUUCAAUGUUAAAUUCAUGUUUUUGAAGCAAAAAUGAUAAAACUAAAAAUCCAAAGUUGAUUCGGGAAAAGGGGGGAUUCAAAUUUGCAGGGGCAGCGUAAAGUAGAAAUUUGCAAAAAUUGCAUUUUGUCUCAAAAAUGUUGUCCGGAAUUGUAGCUGAUUUGCCUUUAUACCAGAAUGUUUUAGAUCGUUUAACCUGUUAAUGAUUGAUGUUGCCUUCAUGGUUAUUAUUGAUCGUCAUUACCCCAUAUAUUGCUUGUAGAUAAUUGGAUAAACAUUAAGUGAAAUUUUAUUUGAUAAAUACAUUUCUAAAACCGAAAGUUGCCAAUGAAAUCAUCAUCAAUUUUCAGCCCUAUAUUAUUUUAUUCUAAAGCUGGAUUUUUAAUUUUGUUUUUUCUUUCUUCACUUGAACUUGUUUUUCCAAACGUUUAUUUUGAAUACAAUGCUCAUAAUUACCUGUUAGUGACUUAAUGAACAUAAUCCAUUCGUUUUUUAUGAAGGCAAAAUUGUAUAGACCUGCAACAAUCAUCUGUUUGACUUUACAUUAUAAUGCAUUGCGAAAGUAAGGGUAUCUUCCAGUUUUAUUACCAAACAAAAAUGAUUAUCGGGGCUGGUACCAGUAACGAAAAUGAAUACAGAAACUCUAAAAUGUUGAUAUCUUUCAAAACGUUUCGCUUUGAAAUUGUAGAUUUGUCCUCUCAACUUUAGUUUCAUUUCGUUUAAAUUUCUCACAAAAGUCACUCUAACCUUGAGUUGCUAUUCCAAUUAUGUGAAUGUUCACUGAUACAAAAAAUGUUCGCACUUUGUUCUCACAUCGUUUGUAACCACAGAUUUUAAUCUAAGGUGACUAUGCCUUGCAGAACUUGAGGUCGAUGCUCUUUCGGAAAAAUGCGAUAUGAUAUCGCUGCUUUUUAGAAAUUUCAAAUAGAAUCAGACACAUUCAGCCCAAAAAGUUGCUUUUCUUAAAGGAAGGACAGAAGAAGAAUUCAAUUCUAUAACACUUAAUAUUAUAUUCGCAUCAGGUAUCUCCUGAAUUUUCAUCAUUGAAUAUUUUACCUCUGUAAAAUAGAUGCGAGCAAACUUUUUAAAGAAAAAUAAUAUUACCAAAGUAAUAUUUCCAUAAAAUUUGUUAACGAUGCUUCAAUAAGAGGAAUUACUGUUCCGCUUAGUUAUUUGUAAAAUUCCGUUCUUUGAAGUAUGGGAAUUUGGGUGCAAAUAAGUUUGUAGAAUGCAAUUCGUUCAAUGGCAUCGAGCAAUCCUCCGGUGAUGCCCUUUCUUCUCCUAGCGAAUAGCAUAUUAAUUUUUAUGCAAUCUAAAAAUGCGAUGUCGUAAGAUAUUAUGCCAUUCGCAGAACAGAUUAAAUAUAUUUUGAUUAACUAUAAUCGAUUAAGGAACUAAAGAGCAAACGCUUAUUAAUCCUGCAUCUGUUAGUUUAUCCAUAAUUUAAGACUAUCAAGAGCGUGUUCACUUUGGCAUAAGCCGGUAGAAUUGCACGUUGAUUUAGUCUUGAUCGUUUAAUAAUUAAUAAGAUAGCUGAUGAGGAAAUUUCGCUUCAAUGCAAUCACCUGGUGGCUUACAGAUUGAUUAAUGACCACAUUUAGCUCAUAUGAAAGCUGGCCUUUUUCAGACUGCAAACACAGUGAUGUUUUGAAUGAAAUUUUCUUAUGACAUCUCUUUCAAAAAGCAAUUUCAACCUCUUGAUAGGAGAAGCUAACUGUGCCGGUACAAAUUGACUGCCUAAACGAUCGAGAACGGCCAAAGGAAUCGCAUUUAAGAAAAUUGCGGAUUGACAGAUAAAAAAAGAUGUCUACAUCUGCUAUAGAGGAACGCAAAAGUGAAGUGAAGGAGAGAGAAGAAAAGAAAAUGAACGAGUCAUCGCAAUUUUGGAAAAGGUACGUGGAGAAGGUUGAGAGUUCUGUGGAGAAUUCCGUGGACGAGGAAGAGAAGUCUGAGAAGAUGGACACAAGCAUUGAGAGAAUAUCUCCCCUUGAGAUAGAGAGCAACUCGUUACUGGACUGGACUUUUGAAGAGCAGUUUAAACAACUGUAUGAAUUGGAUGAUGAUCCCGAAAGAAAAACAUUUUUGGAUGAUUACUUUGAGUUUAUGAGAAAGAGAGGAACCCCAGUGAAUCGAAUACCAAUCAUGGCUAAACAGAUUCUAGAUUUGCACCAGUUGUAUCGCCUAGUUGUUCAGCAUGGUGGACUUGUUCAAGUCAUAAAGAACAAGCAGUGGAGCAAGAUCACACGUGGACUCAAUCUCCCAGCCUCGAUUACAAGUGCAGCCUUCACACUAAGAACACAAUACUUGAAGUACCUUUAUACAUAUGAGUGUGUGAUGCAUGGCUUCUCGACCCCAAAAGAACUGCAGGCUGCCAUUGAUAACAACAAGCGAGAUAGAUUCUCGACAUUUUACCCGUCGCAGCCAACUAUGACGUUUACUGGUGAUGGCAGAUACCCUACAGUAUCAACUUUCAGUGCUCUUCCACGUCCAACGCCAACUCAUUCCUUAUAUCGAGGUAUGACUAUGUCCAUGAAGAGACGCGCGGAUGUGUUAGACAGCAGAAUCAUUGACAAAAAUGGGCCCGAGAGUCCAAAGGUUGUCAUCCUGAGAAAUGGCAGUCCUGUCUUGGUUAACUCAGAUAUUCUAGGGAAACGGAGCCCAUCUGGACCGAGGCAGUCGCAUUUUGAUCCCCGUUCAGGCCGCUGCAGCCCACCUAUCCACGACAAUGAGGCGAAAAGAGCUUAUCAGUUAACUUACAGUCGCGGUGAUUGGGAUGGGGACAUAAGGCAAAUGAUACAGAGUGACCACAAAGAGGAAUAUGCCUACAUUCGUGAUAAAAGAGAUCAUGAGCAUGCACGAAGCAAGUACCCUUACGCUGACGUUCGCGAAUUAUCCAGAGGAAGAAAGGUGCCCUGUCCUUGCAGUUAUUGUUUGUCAGAGCAAUCAAACAUUCGAAGUCAGUCUCCUUCACUGAAGCAGUCGCCUUCAUUACGAGAGGCGCAACUAGUGCGAGAAACAGCACAAAUGACGUCACCAGUGAAAAGAGAGGCAUCCAGCAGUUCACCUGAUGACUUAGUUAUCGAGGAAAAGAUGGAGAAAGAAUCGAGUGAUAGCAGCUCUGGGUUUGAGGAAUUGUCGCCAAAUGGCCAAAGCGGUUCUGAAUCGGAUCGCCCCGAAUCUAAUAGAGCAAAGAAGAUAACUGACAUUAACAUGCGGUUAGCAAGCGAGGAUGAUGCUGCUGUUGGUGUCGUCAGAAUUUCUAUUGAAAUCAACGGAGUUAUAUACAAGGGGGAAUUAGAAAGUGUUUCGACUAGUAGAGAUGACUCAAAGGUUGUGUAAAGAUUUCAAAGAACCCUAAAUAUUGCUUUUGAAUGCUCUGGUAAUGGCAUUCAUUGAGUGAGCUCAUUUUCCAUGAUGUUCGAGAGGUGGACAGCAUUGUUUCCUUACGUACUGGUCUCAUUUUAAUGACUGUAAAAUAAAAGAUGACUUCUUACGAUCUCUGCAUUUAAUCUGUUUUUAUUCAUAUGCAUUAGAGACAAAAAAUACACCGUAUUUCCUUACCUAGUAAGUAGUUGGUGAUUGUAAAUAGUCUACAUUUUCCUUUAUUUAUAAAUUAUGAAUACAUACACGUUUCCCUAUCAGACCUUAUGUAAGGCACAAAAUGCACUUCCAAAAUUUUAUUGGAUGUAUGUCAAGUUAAAAGCUGGGCAUGUUCGAAAAUUAUCACAGAUAUCUAUGAUACAACAAUAUCAUAGAUUUCGAAUAGGGUAAAGAGACCUCAAUUUUGUGACCAAAAUUGACGUUGGAUAAGAAAUUUUAGGCCCUUUAGAAAUAUCGAAUUUGAUCGUAUUUUGGUUCUUUUGCUGCAAUGCUACUUUCAAAUUGUCUGUGGGAUGUUGUAGAUUUAUUUUAUGACACCUUUCGAGCUAUUGAAAAUUUAUUGUAGUUGUAGUUGUAAUUAAGAAAUAGUGAAUAUACUGUGCAUAAGUAUUGAAUAGAUUAUCCAUAAUAUUAUCAGCUGCCCCUAGGGUAAUCCUGUAUCUGGUUGUACUUUAAUGGUGCUUUUUCACGUGGAAACCCAUUCGUAAGAAUGGAUAGAAGCAUUAUGUAUUGAAAGCGAAAUGUGGGCCUUUUUCAUCUUAUAAGAUAUGUUUAUACAGUGCUACGCUAUCAGUGUUGUAUGUUAAAUUCUUUAUUGACAAACUGCACAGUCUGAAAACUUUCCUUAUUUUUGCUCGAGGUAAGGGCCCCAAUUAUUUAAGAUCAUUCUGGUGUUGGCAUUUAUAGAAUAGGUUUUUUAGAUUCAAUAAGGCGACCAAUGAUGAAUAUACAAAACACAUUUAGGCCCUGAUUCGCCAUUUUUGACACUUUCUGUUACUAUACCUUGACUCCACUCCCUUCUACAAUCAGCAAUGUAUCAUUAAUUUCCUUUGCAAAAGCAACGUUUUUCAUCUUCCAAAAAUCUCAUAUAACCUAGUUUUACUUUUACCAUUGCUUCUUAAAGACUGUGCAGAAUUUCGUUAAAGACUGAAAAAGACUAGAAUUUCGUUAUUCAAUACUUGUUUUAGCACAUACUGGAAGAGGUAUGGGGUGUUUGUAAUUGGGGUUUCUUUUAGAUAUAGAUAUGUACAGACUGUAAAUAUAUAUUAACAUAACGGAUCAAACAUGUUGUAUGUAAACUCAAGAUGAAAGGGACUCUUUUGUUUAUGUUUCCUCUGAUUCGAUUAGUUGCUUCUAUUAGUCACUUUGAGAUGACCAUAAAUUUUUAUUUCUGCAUAUAUUCAAACAAAUUGAUGUUAAGAGUAAAAAAAGAUCUUGGCAAAAAUUUAAUGGCAUGAAAGUGGAAACUUUCUAAUAAUUUGCAUUCUCUGUAAUCUAAAUUCAAGUCUUGCUUCUGAUAGGGCAAAAGGUUGCCUAUUUCUCCUCUCAUUUUCAUCUUAAAAUUCUUUCAAAACUCUUCAUUAUGCUGUUGAUUUGUCUUGUUUGUCUACC